UGUGGGACACAGACGCACUACAUUAUUCCGUGUUCCACUCGCGCUCACGGGAUAACUAAUAAUAUACAAAGCACAUACACAGAUACUUGUAAUAUUGUAUUAUAAAACUUCAACAGAUAUUUUUAAAAGAAACUUUUUAGCACUAGGGAAAUGUGAAGUACAUAGAGUAUUUUUGUUUGUCCUCAGUAAACAGUACUGGUGUUCAGGGUCGACCUAUUUUGAAGCGUUUUAUGUUAAUCAGUAAUUAUAUGUGUAGAUAUUGUGAUAUAGUCAAUAUUGAGAAAUUUCAAAGUUCAUAGUUUUUUCUCCAAGUGCAGUCACUCUUCAUAAUUUUGUCAAACUACAAAUUAUUUGUAACUUUGAAUUCAUGAAAACAUUUGCCUUCAUUUUUUUAUGGCUAUGAGUAAUUCUUUGCAGUUGAUCAACUCACACUUUUCCAAUACUAUUAUUCAAAAUAUUCAUUAAAUAAAAAUGCCCAUCCUGGGCCAAUUCUCAAUUUUUAAUGAAUUUGUUGUUUUUUUUUAAUCUUUAAUGAAUGUGACAAAAAAUUGAGUGACUUUCCUUUAUCUUUGUCAAAAGUUAUCUUUGAAAUUACUUGAAAUUGACUCAAUCACAAAAUUAACAGUCACUAUUAAACAUUCACUAAAAUUAUUUAUAUUGUUAAGUUUAAAACAAGUUAUUUGAGAAGCAACUGUAUCAAACUGCACAAGAACUGAUCCGGUUCAAAUUUUAAAAACAAAAGUGUGAUUUUCAUGUAAUUAUAAGACACAUUUAAAACACUGGGCCUUUUCUUCUUGUCUACCCGUCUUGAAAUCAACACGGAUCCACCAUAAGCGGAAUCUGGGGUUCCCAUCAAACAUGGGUUGGCAAGGCGAACCCUUCACACUUAACACCUGUGCGUAAACGGAUUAGCUGCAAAUUUUAUAUUUUCUACCCGGGUAGAGCUCCCGACCCUGGUUCCAACCAGGGUCAUAUUUUAUCUGUGUAGAGUGCCGAACCUCUUGUAGAAGCCGUGUUGGAUUCGUGUCUGUCAGUGUGGAAAAACUCUUGUGUUGGACCCCAGAGAUUUUGGAAAGGCCCAGUGUCUUGCCAAAUUGUAAGCUUACACCUUGUGUAUAAUAUAUAGGGCUGGUACGUAUCGCUGCCAAAUGUCACACGUCGUCGUAUUUUGCAGCUGGCUGACAGCUUCAUGACACAUGAGCUGAUCACUAGUAGCUAUUAGUGAAAUUAGCUUGUCGCUAAUUGGUUUGUUUUGAUGAGUAUAUCUGCGUCAAAACCAGUGUGUCCAGUUUCAGAGAUGCUAGUACCAGUGCCACUACAGCUACUCCUAACGAAUGUACAAUAAGUGUUUAGUGUAAAUCCGAAGGCAAAGUUUCUGUAGGGUGGUUGUGAUUAUUAAGUUAGACAGUGGUUUCUUGUGUCUCCUGUGAUCAUGUCUACUGAGGUGUAUACUGAGGGGUCUACUGAGGUCGAGAUGGAACCAGCUCUGCCUGAGCCAACGUCUUGUGACCCUGACCCUGACGCUGACGCUAAGCCGAAGCCUAAGCCUAAGGAGCAUGCAGGGCCAAUCUCUUUCCCCUUGUAUAUCAUGUGGGCUCUCUCUGUACUCCUGCUGUUGGUGAGCGCUCCCUUCACUAUCUGGUACUGCUUCAAGAAAGUUGAGGAGCACAUGCGAGUCAUCGUCUUCCGAGGUGGUCGUCUGUUGCCCGGAGGACCCAAGGGGCCUGGUAUCUUCUUCCAGAUCCCUUGCUUGGAUGACUUCGUCAUUGUGGAUCUCAGGACGGUGUCUUAUAAGUUGCCGCCACAAGAGCUCAUCACCACAGAUGGUGUGACAAUCACUGUGAAAGCAGCGGUCUUCUAUCACGUUGAGGACCCCACCCUGGCCACCAUCAGGGUAGAAGACUACAAUUACUCAACGGAGCUGCUGUCUGCUUCCACUGUGCGUAAUGUGCUGAGCACCAAGACUGUCUCCGAGCUGUUGAAUGAUCGCGAAGAAAUCGCCAAGGACUUGCGGUCGACGCUAGAUGAAGCUACUGAUCCCUGGGGCGUCGAAAUAGAGAGAGUGGAGAUGUACGUAGAAGACGUGUGUCUGCCUUACCAGAUGCGGCUUGGCAUGGCAGCUGAGGCUGUUGCAUCUCAAGGAGCUCGUGCGAAGGUGAUCGCUGCGGAGGCUGAGCAGAACGCCUCCCACGCCCUGAAGGAGGCUGCUGAUACCAUCGCCAAGUCCCCCCACGCCCUGCAGCUGCGUUACCUCCAGGCCCUUCAGACCAUCUGGGCCGAGAAGAAGCCCUCAACCAUCAUCCUCCCGUUAUCCGUCGAUUUUCUGUCUGGAUGCCUGAACAAGGAAGAGUCCAGUAAUUGAAAGUGUCUCCUAUUUUUCCUUGACCUGGCAUCUGUUUAACAUCGACACCAGAUGCCGCAAAUAAUUAUUGGAUUGUUGACUCUCCUAUAACAUCUUUCAGCUGUCUGACAUUUAUUAUUUUUUGUGGCAUGUAACAAAGAAACAGAAAUGAUGUGUUAACAGUUAGUGCUGAAUUAUUGUAAAGUUCUCAAAGUGAAGUCACUCAUUGUAUUCUUGUCUCUUUUUACUUGGGGAGGUGUUUUUUUUCCCCCUUUCAUUUGCUUCAAUUCGGGCGAUUCACAAUGCAGUGUGCCACCAAGAGUUUGCCAUGGAGAGUGCAUUUUUCCCAGUGCAUU